AUGUGCACCUGAUGAAGGAAGAGCAUGCGAGGCUCGUCCGGUGAGGAGUUUCCACUGAGGGCGGAGCUACGCGCGUUUCAGGAAGUGCCUAGAACAGAGGAAAUUCUAUUUUCGUGGUGAAUAAAAAAAGUUCCUCGUUUGUGACAUUUAUAAUCAGGUGUGGGUUUUUUGCAGGUCUACACAUAACCUCUAUCCCAUAGAGAGAGAGAAACGAUCGCGUCUGCGUGUGAUGACCCGUUAGCCAUCAGAGAUGACUGCAGUAACUCUCGUGGAUCUCACUCACGUCCGCUCGUCACAUUAUGACACUUGUGUGAAAGAGCGCAUCAGCGAGUUCUGUGCAUCCUCCGGGAAUGGCUCACCAGAGCCGGUCUUCUUCAUCGCGGAUCCAGAGAGCUCCGUGGGGACGGACAGAUCUCCUAGCAGCUCACUUCAGGAGAUGUUUAUCGGGUUCAGAGACUCUCCUCAGAUCCUGUACAAGAGCUCGCUCUCAGCCGCGUUAUACUCAUUCAAACAGGCUAUAGACAAAGAGGACAUCAGUAAGGUGAAGAUCGUGACUUCGAGCCGCGGGAGAGGGUUGUUUCAGGUCUACCAGGAGCUCCUCUUCACCUCUGCGUAUGAGUUCGAGUACAGUGUGAUGUUUGACAGUCUGUCCUGCGAGUGUGAGUGCUGUCCCUCGGGUCAGAGCACAGCUGACGCUGCACGAGAGCUCAGCACGUUCCUACAGCACCGACCAGCGCUCAGAGGAGACGUCACAGUCCUCAGAUCUCCUUUCAUCUCAGACUGCUUCGGUCAUGGCUUUAGCACUCGUACUGGAGGUAUUUCCUACAUCAGCACUCUGAGCUCACUGAACCUCUUCUGUAACCCGCGGCGUAAAGACUCCAGAGCCGUGGUGGCUGAGAACCUCCGGCGGCUCGGCCUGCAGGCGGGAUUUCACCCCAAACAGUUCAACCUCAUAAAGUGUAAUCAUGCCAGUGAUGUGUGGGUGAUGGGCAAACCCGCCCCGGACAGUUACGAUGCAAUGGUGACCAAUCAGGUGGGUGUUGUCAUAGCAGCACCAGGAGCCGAUUGCAUGCCGCUGCUCUUCACUGACCCUGUAGCAAAGGUUAUUGGAGUGGCACAUGCAGGCUGGAAGGGGACCCUCAUGGGAGUUGCCAUUGCAACAGUGAACGCCAUGGUGUCAGAGUUUGGCAGCAGGCCUGAAGACAUUGUGUGUGUGAUCGGUCCUUCUGUCGGGCCGUGCUGCUUUACUCUGGAGCAAGGUUCGGCCCGAGAGUUUCACUCCAUACACCCAGACUGUGUUAGACACAUCGACUCAUCAAGACCUUAUGUUGACAUCAGACUUGCAACCAGAGUUCUGCUGGAGAGGGGUGGGAUUAAACCCGAACACAUGGAGGACAUCAGGGUCCCACACAAGGCUGACUCCACUCUUUGCACCUCCUGCUGUCCUGAACUAUUCUUCUCCCAUGUGAGAGAUGGACUCAACUUUGGGACACAAAUUGGCUUUGUGUGGAUCAAAUAAUCCUGCAUUCACCAAGCUUUGAUUGAAUGUGCAGAAACAUUACAUAUGCAUGUAAUUAUUUAGGGGAUGAAUCUAAAUGACAGUACAUAAAUACAUUAAUAUAAUAAAUUAUUUAGUAUGGAAAUGCACUUCAAAUGAAGACAAUCAUUUGGUUACUUGACAAACAUCACAUCACAGGACUGCAGGAGAAGCUUUACAUGCAUACAAACAAACAGUGCACUUGUAAUCAAUAGUAGGAGAUAUAACUUCUAUAUUAGCUAACUUAGAAAUUUCUCUGAAAGUUUACUCCUGGUUGAUGUCUUGAUCAGCAUUUUCAAGAGUUGAUUAGAGU